CAGUGGCUGGGGCUCAGUCUACAAUCGGACGUUGCUCGGUGCGUAGCAAAGCGCAAAAAUAAACGUGAAAGCUCUCAAGUGGAAUUGUGAUCAAAGCAAACAACUUUUGAUUUCAAGUCACUCUGGGUUUGUGAAGAGUUAAAAUUUUUUAAUUAAUUUACUGCCAGCAGCAGCAAAAUCGGGUGUAACUUUUACGUUAUAAUUUCACAGCAUACAUUCAUCAGUCGAGCAAGCGCAGUGUCCGUCAAACGUUUAUCAAGAUGCCGGAAUUAACACCAGUUCAGGAGUACUAUAAUGGCAAGACCAUAUUUAUUACUGGCGCCUCUGGGUUUAUGGGCAAGGUUUUGGUCGAAAAAUUGUUGUACUCAUGCUCCGCUUUAAAGGAGAUCAUUAUCAUUGUUCGCCCAAAGCGCGGAAAGAGCCCCGAAGUGCGUUUGGAGGAGAUGUUCAAGUUGCCGAUUUUCCAACGUAUACGAGAGGAAAAGCCGGAAGUGCUAAAGAAGGUCACCAGUUUCAAUGGCGAUGUGACUUAUGAAAAUCUUGGUCUCAGUGGUGAAAACUUGAAAUAUGUCACCGAUAAUACAAAUAUCGUGUUCCACAUGGCGGCCACCCUAAAGCUGGAGGGUAAUUUAAAGGAUGCUAUUGACAUGAAUACAACAGGAACGCGUCGCGCUCUGGAUAUUUCUAAACAAAUGAAGGGUCUUGAGGCUUUCGUACAUGUGUCUACUGCUUUCUGUAACUGCGAUCAGGAGGUUAUGUACGAGAAGGUAUAUGAAUACCCACACAAACCAGAGGAUCUCAUGCGCAUGGUUGAAUGGAUGGAUCUUAAGACCUUGGAGUCCAUCACACCCGAGUUGAUGAAACCCCAUCCAAACACAUACACCUACUCAAAGCGUUUGGCUGAGAUUUUGGUGCGUGACCACUACGAGACCAUGCCGGUGAUUAUAGCGCGUCCCAGUAUCGUGUCGCCUGCCGCAUUUGAGCCGCAGAAGGGUUGGGUGGACAACUUGAAUGGACCCACUGGCCUGAUGAUUGGCGUUGGCAAAGGCGUCAUACGCUCGGUGCUUGUCGACGAGAAGAAUCGCUCCGAAAUUAUACCAGUUGAUUACGCCAUAAACGGACUCAUUGUGAUACCUUAUCAGUUCUACAAAAGUCAAAAACGACCUGCCGACGUUCCCGUCUACAACAUCACAAAUGCUGAUCAUCGCAAAACGAAAAUGGGCGAUGUGAUUACCAUGUGCAAACGCUUGGGACGCGAAUAUCCCCUCAAUGUGGGUCUCUGGUAUCCAGAUGCUGUCAUCACCACCAAUAAAAUAUAUCAUGCAUUCAAUGUGCUGAUGUUUCAUUGGUUGCCCGCCUACUUCUUGGACUUUUUGCUAUUGAUAUUCGGACAGAAGCGAUUCAUGGUGCGCGUUCAAAAUAAAAUAUCCACGGGUCUUGACGUUUUGCAAUUCUUCACCCUCCAUCCUUGGAGUUUUGCAUCAGAUAACUUUGCCAGUUUGUGGCGGAAUCUCACAACAGAGGACAGGGCAAUCUUCAAUAUGGACAUGAACUCCGAUUACAGUGAAGAGGAGUAUCUCAUCGGUUGCAUUAAGGGAGGUCGCGAGUACAUUUUGAAAGAAAAGCUUGAAGACUUACCGAAGGCCAGAUUCCACCAGAAGAUAAUGUAUGGCAUCGAUCGAUUUUUCAAAAUCCUUUUUGUAGGGCUAUUCGUAUAUUAUCUACUGAAGUGGACUGGCGUUUUGGCAUUGUUUUCGGGCAACGCACAAUGAUAAUAAAAUAUAUAUAUGUAUACUUUAGGUGUACUUAAGUGUUUCAUCUUGCCUGCCAAUUACAGAAAAAUUCCAACUACCUCAAAUAAUUGUUAUUAUUGUUACAAUUAGUCAAUGUAUAUUUCUUAUUUGUUCUUACUGAUUUGAAAUUAAAAGAAAUUAUUUGCGUUUUCUUUGAGGCGCGUGUUUUAAUAAAACUA